GAACAGGCUUCUGCUUGCAUUAUUAUUGAAAUACUGAACAACUCUUUGCCAGUAAUCUUGGGCAGCACGCUCACGACCCUUUAGCUUCUACGCUGGAAAACGUGCGGUCAUGACAAUUUGUAUAGAACUGUCUUGAUUCUGAGGCUAUUUUGGAGUUCUCUUGAACGGGCGCUCCUACGUAUAGUAAUGUCUCCGCAGCUCUUUUUCCUUUUCAUUGCCUACCUUUCCUACACUCGGACCUGCGUUGCACAGCAAUGUGAACCAGUGAGCGUUUCUCAGACAGUGACAACGUUUCCUCCGGGGGCUGCAGUCGCUGGUCAACCGUUUACGUUCACAGUGGCCCUGCUGGACAGUAAUAUGCAGCCAGUAUGCACAUUCUAUGAUCCUUUGCUUCUAGUCCAGUGCAUUGCCGCAACAGGGACGUCAUUCUGUGAAACUUUACCCAACGUUACACCGGUUGGAAAUGGUGUUUACAACAUAACAAUAAGCCCGUCAACGUUCUGGGGAGGCCACGAACCGUGGCCACCAACUCAGAAUCCGAAUCAGCCUUUGCCGGACACUUACUUCUCGGGCUCAACUCUCGUACAAGUGACAUACGACCUGGCUGACGUCCCUGGAAGUCCAUUUCCGGUGACUGUAAACGCGGCCCCAGAAGUAUGCGCUGCAUACUCCGUGAUAAACUUGGCCGAUCCUCCGAUGGGUCCUGCGGGUGCUCCAUUUAUCGUAGCGAGGUUGUACCAGAUUAUGGAUCGCUUUACCAAUUGGAUCCGGACUCCAGAUGUCAUAGCCAAGAUACGCGUAAGCAGAGUUGAGAUGUUUUCCUGAACAGUCUUACUGGCUUACAACUUUCUUCAACGUGUAGGUGCAAAGCUCAUCCCCAGAAGUUAAUAUAACGUACCGUUGGUGGUACAAUUGGUGGAUUGAGUUCCUUGUGUUUUCAGACAAGGCGGGGGACUACACGUUUGAAGUCUUACUUUCAGAUGCUGAUGGAAAUGAAGAGCGGCUACGAGUUCAUAGCCAGGCUGGCUUAAGCUACGCGGUGCCGUUCAAGGUGUUGCCCGGCGAGCUUGAUGUGGCAAAUUUUGCCAUAACUGGACUUCCUGCACGUUUCCUGGCUGGCACAGAGGUUUCUCUUUCUGUGCAAGCUAUGGACGCCCUGAUGAAUCCUACACCGCUUUUGGACCCAUCAGAGUAUAUACCGUUUGUGGUGCCAGAGCAGGACAGUUCAUUAAUACAUGUCAUCCUGAAGGGGUAUAAUGAAAACAGGCAGCAGCCAAGCAUCUUUCAAUACCUAGAUGCUGGAGAUUUUGGCUUGUUGAGGUGUUGCAUCACCUGUUUCGUCUCUGGCCAAUACAAGGUCACCAUUGAAUACAAGGGUACCCUCAACGUAACCAUAUUCGAGGGUAGCUUUGAGGUCAUACAUGGAAUGCCAUUCGCCAACAAGAGUGAGGUUGCAAUCCCGAGCUCAGCUAGUGCUGGAGUUGUCAGAUUUCAGGCACACCUUCUGGAUGAAUGGGAGAAUCCUUCUCCAGCACCAGAAUUUCUCAGCAUUUGCGUCCAAAACCUCAAGGAUGGCUCACAGCUUAGCGUUUAUGCCCCGGAAUACUUGGACCAACAGCAGGUGCUGGUUUACUCGGUAGCGAUAAGUGCAGCCGGCAAUUACACUUUCUCUGUUAGCAUGGGUGGUGUUCUAGUGAAGGAAGCAAAUUGCUCAGUACAACCCCAGGCCAUCCUGAGCCCAGCCUCGAGCCAGGUCACAGGGCUUGGAGCUGGAUUACCUUUUUCAUAUGGCGAUGCUAACUCCGCCACACCUCUCAUAGCUGGUAAUACUUACAUUGUCUGGCUUUUCGCGAAGGACGCUUUUGGAAACGCGUUAGAUUUGCAAGCUGGAAUUCAAGUGCCCCUGCUAUCCGCGGAUGGCCCUGGCCGUAUAACGUAUUCUUACCUGUGUAAGGACAAUGGGGUAAUAGAGUACAUUUACUCUAUCAGUGUCAGCGGUAACUACAUCCUUGGCAUCCGAGCAGAUACUGGGCUUUUCUACAAAGGAAUGCUCCAAGUUCUACCGGACCGAGUGCAAUACAACUUGACCGUCGUUUCAAUAACGGCCAGAGGUUUAGCAGGAGGAGGGCUUGCCGUCAACCUUGCUUUCAUUGAUCAGUUCGGAAAUGCAGCCUUAGCCUCAGGUUCCUUGCUGCUGCUUGCAAGGGCCUAUGGAGGCCCGGGCUACGUUAGCCAUGAUGUGCCACUACACGCUGAGAACAAUUUAAGUACCACAUUGAACGUGACAAGGGCAGGAAUGUAUGCAGUAUCAUGCUACCUUAAUGGAAUGCUCCUUGGACAUGAGACGGCGCUUGUUGAGGUCCUUCCUGGCAAGCCUGCUACAAUACAGAUGGCCGCUCAAGGGCUGACCCGCGACAAUCUUACCUUCAUUUCCCAGGAGUUUUCGGAUUCCUUUGGGAAUCCUAUAACGGAUCCUGGAAUCCUCCAGUUCAUAGGAUUAUCAGUAACCCCAAGCAUCCCAUGGGAGGCAAAUAUGACAAUGAGCCCGGCAACUGGCUUCCAAACAGCAGUAUGGACUGGUCAGGGACCCCAGCAACGCUCUUUGCUCGUGUACUUCCAGUCCAGUUACUUGGGAACGUUCAAUUGGUCAGCAUACACUGCACCUACAAACAUGACCAGCCAGAACAAAAUCUCGUUGAUUCAGCUGCGGAUAGCCGCCUCGGUUCUGAGCGUAUCAUGUCUCUGCUGCUCGGUUGCUUUCCUCAUGUCCGCUAUGUACGUGUACGUGAGGUAUGUAUAAUUGUGUAUGCCUUGCAGCAAGGCACCUCCAUACCUCGUAACUACGUUUCUGCUAUAGAAGUGUGUAGUCGGUUGGUCUAACUAGUGCUUGCACAAGAUCCAAGUUGGUGACUACUUGGUGGUGCUUACUCCCGCCUAGGCUAGUGUCCGGGGAAGAGCUGAUGGCCACACGGCUAACAAGGUGUCGGGCUGAAUGAGCUGGUUAGCCGGCAUAUAUAUUGCAGCUAGGUCUCCAGCAUCGUGUGUCAAACUAUGUGUGGGUUCAUGGUGUGCUGUACCAUACUAUAUAUAUGCGAUAAUGGGGCGUUGACCGACAUAUCAUGCCCAGCGACAUACAACUUGUAUCGUCCUGUGCUAUGUGACAUCACAUUAUGUUGAAUGAGACACAGUAAGCUAUACCACACUACACUGCACCGGCAAUCCCCUGCCUACCGUUUAUGGCUAUGGAUGGCUAGUAGAAUGGAUCUCAGGAAAAUGUUUGUCGCUGAAGAAGUCAGUCGAGACGUCGUUGUUUGGACUUCUCAUAAAGGCAGGGACCAUGGCGAAGGACAAUUUUUAUGUCCGUGCCCUGUUUUCAAAGCCGAGACGCUAGCUUCACAGCUUGUAUGUGAAAACCGCAACCGGUAGCGCACUCCUUGUGCUGUAAGACCGUCGACCCAUCUCAAGCAGCAGUGCACGUGAAGACGUUCCUUUCCAGCCGACGUGAAUGAACGAAUGCAAAGCAUCUUUGAAAGCGUCCUCAUCCUAUGCCGUCCAUCGUCUGUGCUUCUUGAAAGGUGGUGGACAAGCCACUCUUCCAUUGGCUGCCUAAGUGCUUUAUUACCACCGCUCCUUAUAACCCUAGGUAAACAAAAUUAGUAAUUUUGCGGCAGCGCAUGAUGGUUUCGGUGCGGCUGCCGUACAGUUCCUAUAUAUCCCUGCAUUGUCGUCCACAAGAUACGAAAGCCUUCCUUUAACACAGGCACAGGCAUUACCACUUUACAAGAUUAACAUGUUAGGCAUUGGUGAACUAAAUCCUGUACGAAGAUACUUCUUUCACAAGCAGGAGCUAUCAAACUGUCCAGCUUCCAUCUGAGAACAGUUGCUUUGAUGUGGUGUACACAAUGAGCAUCAUAACUACACAUAGUACAGGAUUCAUAAGAAGACAGAAUGCUCUCUUACCCACGACCAAAAUAAAGGAUACUAGAGGUAUCGUUUGUUACACAAAACAAUAGUACGAAAUCGCUUAGGCUACCCAGGCUUCAAGCAUGAGAGCUAUGGACGGCUCCCCGUGUCGGACUUUUAAUGCCGCGGGGAGGUCCAAAUGCACGGCUUUCUCUCUUACGCGGGGAGGCCUAUGCCUUCAUUCCUUUGGUGCCGCAAACCUGAUAACCUCUGAGUCCGCCCCAGGUCCCCUGAAAGUUCCGAUGCAUGCUCUGUUACAGAAGGCAUCAUGAAUCUUCGGUGAUUACGCUGCAAGCUUUUUGUAUACAAAUAUUUCACUAAGUUCUUAACUGUUCGUUGCCCCAUGGACCGUAUGUAUGUAUGUAUGUAUGUAUGUUACAAGCUUCAGGCUCGUAAGGCCCAGACGAGCCAGUAGGCUUAGGGGCCAUUCACAUAUGAGUGAUUUUGGGAAUGAGUGCGUAGGAGCGCGUAGGGGAAAAUUGUUCAUAUUGUAAUUUUUAAUUACGUUUGGCCUGGAAUUAUUUUUAACAACGCCUGAGUUCAAAAAAUAAUUCCAUAGGUGAAACAUGAGUGAAUCAUGAGUGACGUUGAGUGAAGUGAGUGAAGAAACUCGUGAGCAGGCGCCCCCUGGUAAACAGCAUCCCUAUGCCAAGCGCAUACUUCGGUUGCUUUUCUAGACUCCGCGACUGCAUAUUUUUGUUCUCGAUAUACUACUUUCUCAUAGAAAGCUUUGCGCGGCCUCGCGCGGUGCGAGUUUGACGAAUUUGCUAACGUUGGUCGCGACCAGCAACUACCGCGUGCGCAUGGCUGCGGAGACCUGCGAAGAGAUCAUCUUGGCAGGUCUACGCAGCCGCUAGCUUCCUGCCCUGCUGCCCGUGUUCGGUCGCGGUCGCGGCAUUUCGACUCUCACUGUACGCCCGACCAAUGUGAACGCGUAUUGAGUUUUUUCGACUCAUUCACGCACCCUCACUCAAAAGGACCUCCCCCCGUAAAUCCCCCCGUAAAUCCCCCCGUAACGAAGUGGAGGGGAGGAUUGGAGGACAGUCGGUCGAAAUUGUGUCCGUUUGUCUGUCUGUCUGUGCGUCCGCAGAAGUGGCGGCAACUUCCUUCAUAUAUGAAUGGCCCCUUACGGACCGCCCGAAAAACAAGCAGAGAAAGCAAAAGAGAAAGCUGUAGGCAUCAAUAUCGCAAAGCCAUACGCAGUGCUUCCACCCAAGAGUGAAAGCAGAGGUUGUCCGGUUCAAAACUGAUAUCGGGUGAGUUUACCAGCCUCAUAGUAUUCAAUUUCCGCACCGCCACACCACUUGGGCCUGAGUGCCUGCUCCUGCAGCUUUUUGAAAACUCCCAUCCGCUCCUUCCGCAGCUCACGGCCAGAGUCAGUGAGGUAGGGCGUAACCGUAACUCCCUCUCCCUCAGCCUCUUCGCCGCCUGGAUUACCCGGCCACGCUCCAGCGGUUUCACCUCCAUGACAACACUCCAGUUUCCUAAUGCAGUCAGCCAGCAACGCUGGUACUUCAUUCCCUCACUCACUCCAAUGGCUCCCUCGCCUACCAGCCAGUCACAUUCGUUAGCUUGUAGCCUAGCUAGCUGCUCCCGGUUCACACUGCGCAGCAGGAUCUUGUCUUCUUCCUCCAUCGACUCAGCUUUAGGUGAAACAGGCUCGCCCGCAGGUACCGCCAGUGCCACCUGCUGCCUCAAGUCACUGAGGCUACUCACCUUCUCCUGAAACUGGGUGUCCAGUUGUGCUACUUUGAUCUCCAUCGCAUGCACUUGCUCCUUUAAGGCGGUCACCUCUUUGUCCACCUUCACCUCCUUCACUUCCCUGUCUUGAACGUCAUGGCCACAUAUGCUAGCGCUGCGUCGGUUCGUGAAAGCCGGCUGAAAAGCUCACGCAGGAUCUCUUCAGUUGAUAGCUUCUGCAGAAU